GAAAAAUUUGAUUAUUAGUCUAGUGUCUACUGCAUUAUCUCAUCAAAAUAUGUAUUUUGAUACUAAACAAUCUGGAGGUAAUUCGUAUAAAACUAAUACGGAUAUACAUUGGUCUAGAAGGGAAAAAUUAUCAAAUAAUGAUAUAAGCCUUAAUGAAACAGUGGAAGACGAGAAUAUACAAAAUUGCUGUACCGUAACAGAUCGUUUAGUAAUUGGUGAAAUGGAUAAUAUCAGCGAAACGCACAGCAGAGGUAUACAAGCUAAUCUUUCAUGUGCUACAUCUGAGGAUACAUUAAAAUCUAAUAAUAUAGAAAUGAAUAAACCAAUCAAUAGAGAGGAAUUCUCUAGUUUAUGUCAAACACCAUUGAAACAAAAUUGGAAACAACAUGAAUCAGUUGGAAUUCUUUAAAUUAUUUGAAAUUUUCAUUAUAGAUAGAGUGUAU